AUGAUCGCGGUGUCGCUGUUGUUCGCCGUGACCGUCCCUCUGAAUGCACAGUGCUAUUCGAGGGGGUGCGUUGGAGGCGGCGGUGGCCAUGGUGCUGCUGCUUAUGAAACUGGUGGUUACGUGCAACCAAUUCAACAGCUCUUCCCACAACACAUCCCUCAGCAGUUACCUCAACCACAACCAUCAGGUUACGACUACAAGAUGACCCCCUACGCACGACCACCAAUCGAGGUCUUACCGAGUACAACAAGAGAAAUUGCAACGGUUUCGCUUCCACCCAAAUCGACGGAGUAUGAAGAUUACGGGAAGAGGCCUAUCGACUUAAAGCCGAGUUCUGCAGAAGGAACGGCAGCGGUGUACGAGACACCUAUCAAACCUUCAUCGACAUACAUUCGUGAAAUGCCUUACCGUCCAUAUCCACAGCCUCCAAUGCCGUAUAGACCACUUUCAGUUCUACCAUCACCUGGAUGUUAUGUGGUUCAACCUCAAUACUACCGUCCUGCUUCCUAUAUGCCAAGAGGGUACAUGAUGCCAUACGCUCCAACACCCUCUUACGCCGUAGCUCCUUCACCUCUAUCUCGGCCACCACUGCAAUGAUUUAUUUCUGUGUUCUGCUCGAAGGACGACUUCACCUAUGUGUCACGUAGUGAGACGUACUGCCAAGUGGAAAGCAACGGCAUUUUGUGCUACGCGUUCCAGCAUAAUUGA